AUGGAGGAAUUACAGAGAAAAUACAAUCCCAAAAGUAGGGAUCUUAUAACUUUAAAGAUGAUGGAGGAAACCUUAGCAAGACAAGAAUUUUAUUUUGAGGCAAUUUCGGUCAAAAAAAAGGCAGAAAAGCUUCAAGAAGAAGAAAUGAAAAAAGUAAUGAUGAAAUAUAGCUCUUCCUACGAAAAGAAAAAAGCUCAUUUACUUAAAAAGCAGCAACAUGAGUUGGAUAGCUUGGAUUUACGACUACGACGAGAAAAAAGUGAAUCAAUCCAGCAGAGGAAUCGAGAGGUUGAGCAAGUAACCCUUAGAUAUAGCAACCUUAAAAGUACAGCACAAACUCAUCACUCACAAUUUGAAUCCAAAGCACGUACGUCCCUCAUCAAGUCAAACACUUCUCUUAUUUCUUCGAUAAAAAGAAUGAAUGCUGGUGACACUCGACCUCUUGCUCUCUCUGUGGAUCGAAGCUCAGAGAGCGUACGGUAUCGAUCUCCAAACUCAAAAACUCGAAAAUAA